AUGCAGCGGGCCAGUGAUCUCAUUCCGAGUGGAAUGGCCUGGGUGCGUAUAACUCAUGCUUCACAGCUGCGAGUCGCUAUGGCUGCUGCCAUCAACCACUGCAAGGAGAACCUGAGGAUGAAGACGCCCGUCGUCUGCCAGGUUGCAUCAUAUAUUAGUCCGGAGUGCAAGGUGAUCGCCGGAAACAUCGAGGUAGGUGGUCAGCUUCAAUUCUUUCUCCCUCCUUCUGCCUCCCCUCUUCCUGCGCUUUCUGUUGCCACUGAUUGUAAGUUGAGGAGUAAAUCUGUAGACUACUGGGAGAUGCUGGAAGCUUAG